UGUUUCCAUAGAAACCAUCAACAGGCACACACUUUUUCAGUCUCUUGAGAUGAGAAAGUAACUAGAAAGCUAACUAGCUAGCAAGCUUGUUAAUAGUAAACAUUUUUCAUUUGGAUUAUUGGAUUGAAUAUCGAUUUUGUUACAUAUUUCAAGGAAUUUUACGUAACCUAUUUCGAUGACAAAUACAGGGAUCCCUAAACCAUUUAAAACACCAUCACCCCCAGUCAUUGGAAAAGUGAGCCAUCACAGCAUUGAGUUGUGCUGGGAGACAGAGGAGAAUGAACCGAGGAGUGGUCCACCUGAGAGAUGGACCAGCUUCUCUGUGGAAGAGAUGGACCUCAAAUCACACACAUACGGGACCAUCUACGUUGGGUACAGCAACCAACACACAGUGCAAGGCCUGGACCCCAGCACUGCGUACAAAUUUAGACUCCGGUUCACCAGGCCAACAGGAGAGUCCCUCUACAGCCCAUGUGUCUCUGUCUCCACCACGCGUGAGCCAGUGAGUGGGAUGAGCUUGCACCGUGCUGUCAACAUGAAUGAUGAGGAGGAAAUGACCAGAGUGUUGCAGUCUGGGUCAGUCAUUGUAAAUGUCCAUGACAAACUAGGCUUCACUCCUCUCAUGGUGGCUGCACAGAAAGGCUUUGCCAGAAUUGUCCACCAACUGGUGGAGCACGGUGCAGAUGUGAAUAUGAAGAACGGCAGUGGGAGAGACAGCCUGAUGCUGGCCUGUUUUUCUGGUCACCUGGACAUAGUGAAGUACCUGAGGAAGUUUGGAGCGUCGUGGAAGUCCCAGGAUAUGGGGGGCUGUACCCCCCUCCACUGGGCUGCGGACGGGGGACACCUGGCUGUCAUCGCCUACAUGAUCCAGGACAAAUGCGAGCUGGACAUUCGGGACGGGGUGUCCCAGUGGACCCCUCUGAUGAGGGUGUCGGCAGUGAGCGGGAACCCCUCGGUGGCCUCUCUCCUCAUCAGAGCCGGGGCGGACGUCAACGCCAGGGAUAAGGAUGGGAAGACGCCGCUCAUGAUUGCAGUGUUGAACAACCACGAGGAGCUGGUGCAGUUGCUGUUAGACAGCGGGGCAGACCACGAUGUGAAGAAUGAGUUUGGAUCGGGGGCAGCUGAAAUGGCAAAGGCCUUUGGAAGAGAGAACAUCAUCAAUCUACUGGAACGAAAGAAGAGUACAGACCAUGAAUUAGAAUAAGAAUGAAUAAGAAUGAGAUACAAAAUACUUAAAAGAUUACUACUUUGAAAAGAUAACUUACAUAUUUAGUAAUUCAACUUGAAUUAAUAUUUGUUACACAUGAAAACGAUUGUUUGUAGUCACCAAUUCUAACUGACUGCUUAACUGUUGUCGCUUGAAUUUUAAGUAAAAGAUAGAAGU